GAAGAAAUCGAUCGAGACCACAGAAGGAAGAACAUUAAGCGCCCCAGUCGCCGCCGUGCUCACUUCCGUCAGCCAUCGGAGCUCGUUGUAUCGGAAGAGAGAGAGAGAGAGAGAGAGAGAGAUAUAACGUUGGAUACCGAGCAGGUGGAGAAAUAGAGCUGGCUCGGUAGACUGGAGCCACCUGCGGAUCGCGUGGGAAAAGAGAGCGGGUCGGCAAAAGGGAGCAGGAUUACCUUCGUUCUCCGGUGCAUCGAAGCUCUCCCUGCGCAACUUCGAUGUCUUCCCCCCGGUAACGAGCUGAGCUAAAUCUAAGGUAAUCUAUUUCAACAAGCACCAUGGAAGCUGACUCCCUGGAUUUGCCACCUGAACCCUUACCGCCAUCUAGUGAUCCACUAUCCAACAAGUUUGCCUCCCUCAAUGACCUGGCUUAUGAGCUGGCAUCGCUCCAAGACCUUUCCAACCGCGGUUCUUGGAGGUCAAUUCUCGAUAAGGUUGCUCGAGCACGGUCUCUCUCCCUUCUCAUAACGCCUCACGACCACCUCACGUAUUUGGCUUAUAACGUCCUUGCUUUCACUAAGCUUCGACGUUUCAAGGAAGCUCUGACAGAACUUGAAACGGUUGAUGAUUUCGAUAGUCACCACUACCAGUAUGAAACUUACCCCAAAAUCUACCCGGACCGGUCAGGUUCCAUGGUUCCUUUCUCCCUCAGGUGGCUUUACGCAUUGGUUCCUAUAAAAUUGGGUGACAGACAAGAGGGAUUGGACCGGCUGUACCUUCUGCUUGACUUUGUUCGAGGUAAGAUGAAGGAAAAGGAGGAGGCAGCCGCUUCACUCGAGGUCUGGAGAAAGAGAGAGGUCUUUGUUGUGAACAACAUUGUUACAGAGCACUUGAAAGGUAAAGAGCAUGGGGUGUGUUUGGAUUUGAUCAAGUGUCUGCUUGCUCGGGGGAACUCGGACCCGCAUUUGUUGUCGAAAUUAGGGUACAUACAGAUGCAAAUUGGGGACCUAGAAGGCGCUAAGGGCUCGUUUGCUGAUGUGGAGAAACAGAAAUCGUUGAAUGAUGCAGAAUUGAUGAAUAUGGUAAGCAGGAACAAGGCUUUGAUGUACUUGGUGGAGAAGGAUUAUGUCUCUGCUGUGAGGGAGUACGACGAAUGCAUCGAGCGGGAUGCUAUGGAUGCUGUGGCGAUCAACAACAAAGCGAUUUGCUUGAUGUACUUGAGGGACUUGUUGGAUUCGAUAAAGGUGCUGGAGAGUUCGCUCGAGAGGGUGCCCACGGUGGCACUGAAUGAGACCCUCGUGGUGAACCUGUGCAGCAUGUACGAGUUGGCUUACGUUAAUCACUCCGAUAUCAAGAGAACGUUGAGCAAUUGGAUUUCGAAAGUUGCCCCUGACGAUUUCGAUUCCUCUUGUACUAGGAUUUGAGUAGUGCUGCGACAUUCUGUAAAUUCUUCAAAAGAUGUUACCACAUUGAGGUAGAUGCCCAGUCCCCAGAUUUGUAGCGAAACCUCGCAGCAUAACGUGAGAAGCAUCUCACGAAUUGAAUGUGCAUCAAUACAAUGACUUGCACAACCAGAUCGUUUCAAGUUUGUGGCGACU